GGUAAUUUAGAAAAACAAAUUUUAAAUUUUUUUCUCAAAUUUUUUAUCGUCGUUGUGUACAAUUUCUGGAAAAAAAAUAAAAUGUGAUAGCUAUCCCAUUGUUUAAAUUUUGGGUUUGACAGAAUUUCAAAGGCAAAUAGAAUCUCUGCUUUUCUGCUUUUUGUUUCUCUGAUCAUCCAUGGGUUUAUGGGAAGCUUUUCUGAAUUGGCUACGCAGCCUGUUCUUUAAGCAGGAGAUGGAGUUGUCUUUGAUAGGACUUCAGAAUGCUGGAAAGACUUCUCUUGUAAAUGUUGUUGCAACUGGCGGAUAUAGUGAAGACAUGAUCCCUACGGUAGGAUUCAACAUGAGGAAAGUAACUAAGGGGAAUGUCACAAUAAAAUUGUGGGAUCUUGGAGGUCAACCUAGAUUCCGCAGUAUGUGGGAGCGCUAUUGUCGUGCAGUUUCUGCUAUCGUGUAUGUGGUUGAUGCUGCUGAUCCUGAUAACCUGAACAUCUCAAGAAGUGAACUUCAUGAUUUGUUGAGCAAACCAUCAUUGAGUGGUAUCCCAUUGUUGGUGCUAGGGAACAAGAUUGACAAGCCAGGAGCUCUAUCAAAGCAGGCAUUGACUGAUGAAAUGGGUUUGAAGUCAAUUACUGACAGGGAAGUUUGCUGCUUCAUGAUCUCUUGCAAGAACUCAACGAACAUAGAUUCUGUUAUUGAUUGGCUUGUAAAGCAUUCAAAGUCGAAGAGCUAAGUCAUGUAUCAUGUGUGAUAAUUUAAAGGAUCCAUAAAUGGGACCAUUGAUUCAACGCUUCCUUCAUAUAACUUUCUAUGAUUAAUUCUCUAUUCUGAUUA